AUGAGAAAGCUGGCAGAUCAGCAGGACUACACGGUGGCGCAUUGCAAAAUUUUGAUAGCUCUUGUAAAAUUGGGAAGGUCGAAAACCCUAACAAUUGAAGGUUCCACAGAGGAAGGAAUGUCGAAGAAAGUGGUCACAAGGAGAGAGCUGUUGGACCGAUGGAGGGGCAUCGAAGAAGAAGACGAGGACGACGACAUUGCAUCUGUAGACCCUCUCAAGCGACAUCGUUUCCGGCAGCUCAAAGAAGAAUGGUUUUCAGAUGCAUUCAACUACUUGAUUUUUAUGCCCCAAGAAAAUCAUAUUUGGUGUGGUUCCUGGGACCUCAUGGGACCUCUUCUGGAGACUUUCUAUAAUUAUUUUAAGGAUGAUCGCACCGAUUCUCCUCUAAAGCUCCUACUCGACAGAACAUCUAGGGAAAUGCGCCAGUGCACUCAAUGUAUAUGCCAAUACCAUCAAGCCCAAGAGCUUUACAGUACAGAAUAUGACCCAACUUCCAUUGGUCCUCUUCUUGAAGUCUUGCGCACUCUUGAUGAAGAAAGAAUCAGUCAACAUCUUAAAGAGAUUAAUAACAGAUUAAGAUGUGGAGACUACGACAUAGUGCAUGGCAGUGGAGAAAUAGUUGGCGUCAUGUUUGAGGUUUUAAUGUUCCCAAUUUUGUUAGAUGAUUCUUAUUUGGCAAGUGAAUUUGAAACAUUCAUUGACACAAUCGAUAAAACUCAUGAACUAACCUUGGGUGGACUCCAACAGUAUCCGGGAGUUUAUGCGUUACUUUUCCAUAAAGGUCGAAGAGCUCGUUCUAUCGGUUUGCGACUGGCUGGACGCAUGAGUAAAUUGAGGCAAUCAGCAGAUUUGGAUGCUUUGCAGCUUUUGCUGAAGAAGUACAUUUCUUAUUUGGCAGCAGAUGUUUUGCCAUUGUCUACGCCGAAUCUAAGGCCUAGGGUUGAGUUGGAUCGAGUUACUGUAUGGCUUGGGAUCAAAGCAUUGCUUGGAUUCUUGGAGCCUCCAGCUUUUGAAGAAGGCAUUUUAGAUCGUUAUCCCAUUUUUCUGAGUGUUGUUCUCAACCAUAUCAGUGAUGAUUCACCAGAAUUUUCUUAUGCUGUUAAUUGUCUGAGAUUAUUGUUUGAGAUGCUUGGAUAUAAGCUUUGGUUGAAGACUUCUUUAUCUCCAAGUGUGAUGCGGAAUACACUAUUGGGCCAGUGUUUCCAUACUCGAAAUGAGAAAAGUCAUAAGGAAAUCUUUGAUCUUUUCCUGCCUUUUCUACAGUCUCUAGAAGCUUUACAAGAUGGAGAACAUGAAAAACAAAGGAGGAAUCUUCUUUAUUUUCUCCUGCAUCAAGUUACUGUGAGUAGCAACUUCAGCUUGCUCAUGAGAAAAAAAGCUUGCCAGAUAGCUCUUCUCAUAGUUCACCGAGGUUAUACUAUGAACCCGCCUUCUCCGCCAUAUGAAUGUGCACAUAUGUGGGGACCUUCUCUUGUGUCCUCUUUGAAGGAUUCAUCACUUCACAGUUCUCUCCGUCAACCUGCAUUUGAUGUUAUUCAAACUAUUAUAGUUUCUGAUGCUUCCGCUCUGGUAACUUCAAUUUUGAAGUAUCAACUUGCUACAAGUGGUGAAAGAUGCUUGCCGUUACAGCUUGAUGAAGAAGAGGACCGAGGAAAUUUGUUUGGUUGUGAUUUUGAAGAAAAUGAUGUCAGUUGUUGGAACGAAUUUAGUUCUCAAGCUGAUAUAACAUCAGAUUUAUGUGGGGAUUGGAUGUGCAUCCCAAUGUUGUGGUUUGAGGUUUUAGUUGAAAUUGAUCCCUUGAUUCUUCCAGUAUCAUUUGCUAAGUCUGUUUUCUGGGCUCUGUCACGUCUUUCUUUACUUGAAUCUGAUAGUGAGUCUGGUAUGACACCUUCAGCCAGUCACUGGUUGAGAAACUGUGGUUCAGAUAUCUCUCAUGUUUUCAAUUGGAAGGUUCCAUCUGGUUCAAAUGAUGGUGGUGAGGGAGUGGAGGCUAAAAACUCCAUUAGGGUCUCAACAAAGUGUAUGCCUCUAAUUAGGCUUUUCAAGAGGUCGACUGCUCAUUUCAUCAUCAGAAUGGAGCAAGGAGAGCUAAGGAAGCAGUGGACAUGGGAGCCAAUGAUGAGUGACAGUUUGAUUCUUCUGCUCGUGGAUCCCAACGAUAAUGCGAGACAUGUUGGUCGGUGUAUUCUUGAACAAGUUUCAAAUACACGAGGUCUAACAAGUGGACUGCAGUUUCUUUGCUCUAGCCCAUCUUCACUCUCAGCUACCACUACAGGGUUAAGACAUGCUCUAAAGCUGGUUCAGUUGGACUGCGUUCUAUCAGAAUUUCAGACUUUGCAUCAUUUCUUUUUUGUUUUGUGCAAACUACUAAAAGAAGGGAAUUCAUGUAGCCAACCUUUAGUCAGAAAAUCCUCUGAGGACUCUAGUAUCUCAAAAUUUUCUUCUCAAGGGGGAUUCUUAAAGCAGCCCGUGCUUCAAGCUCAAAGUGAGCACAUGGACGCACAUAAAUCAGUUGUCAGUUCCAUUUUAUGGGAGAAAUUUUGUUGCUUACUCUCAGAAAUGGCUUGGAUCUCUGUUCAGAAGUGCUUGGCAGCUGGGAAGGUUUUUAUAGGUCAAAAACCAUCUCAGAUGACCUGCAUCAGAUUAUUAGAGACCCUUCCUGUUGUUUUCGGAAGGCUUUGCCGAGAUCCGACUACCGUGCUUAAUAAUGCAGUGACACAAUGUCUUCGUGAUCUGAUAGAUUGGGGGCAUUCACCACUUGCAGUAGUGGUCAGAUAUUGGAAAGACGCUUUAAUUUCAUUGCUGAUUCUGAUUAAAGCAUCAUGCAGUGGUAUCCCUGCCUCAUUAGCUGCAGAUAUUGAGAAGCUUAUUUCAUGUGAUAAUAUUCCAAUGAAUGAGUUGACCAAGCAAGUUGCUCGGCUUUCUGUUUCACUUGUGGAUGAGAGGUACAUUGACUUGAAAAAAACUAGUAUUGAUUCCAAAUGUUUGCCUGGUGAAGAAUUUGUUCAUACCAACAACUCUUUAGCUGAAGCAGCCACACCUUUUAGUAGGGUGGGUAAAAAAAUGCAUAUUCCAGACUUGAAAACAUUUGUUGGUGACGAAAGAGGUAAUUCGAUAGUUCAUUCAGGUGAUGAAAGAGAAACAGAUACUUCUGCUGGUGCAGAUAUCAAUUCUUGUAUCAGCUUUGAUCCUAAACUUGUUGGCCAUGUUGCUGGGAGAGUUGUGUAUUCUGAUCCUGCUAAAAAAAUUGACUCCAGGAAAAUUUCUCAGCCAAUUGAUCUUUGUUUGGAUCUGGAUAUCCCAAGACUUAAAUUAAAUGCACUACAUGCCAGAAAAGAUUCGCCUCUUGUCAAAUCAAAAGCUAUGGAGCCUAAGAACAAGGAAACUGAUAUCAAGUGCCAUUUAAAUUAUACAAAUCUGAAUUCCAAAGAAAAUAGUCAUGUCACCUCUGAGCUUCAUUCUGCUCUAGGGGGCUCAUCUUAUGGAGGUGUGAGUAUGAAAGAGAAUGACGGGGAGGCUGAUGAACAUGAUAUAAAACCUAAUGAUACAGUCUUGAAAGAGCUUGUAAGUGAAACCAGCAAUGAUCGGGAGUCAGUUUUUCUCACUUCAGCUAGACGUCAACAAUCAUUUUCCCUAAAAACAAGUUUCUCUGGUCCGAAAAGGAAAGUCAUUCAACUUGGCUUACCAGUUGAAAAUAGGUCUAACGCUUUGAGAUUGGAUGAUGGAGUAAAAAGAUUUAAAGCUGUGAGGCUUGAUGAUUGGUAUAGACCUAUUCUGGAGUGCAAUUACUUUUUAACAGUUGGAUUGACAACUGCAGGUGAAGGAAAGAAUGAUAGUUUGAGUAAAUUAAAGGAGGUUCCUGUUUGUUUCCAAUCCGUUGAUGAAUAUGUUGAAAUUUUUCGUCCACUUAUACUGGAAGAAUUUAAAGCACAAUUGCAGAGUUCCUUUCAGGAGAUAACUUCUCUAGAAGAGAUGUCUUGUGGCAGUCUUUCUGUAAUGUCAGUUGAAAGAAUUGAUGAUUUUCACUUCAUUCGCUGUGUUCACGAGGAUGUUGAUUUAUCUGGUUCUAAAAGCUGCUCAGACAAUGAUCUUAUUUUGCUUACAAGACAACCCCUGAGGAAUUCUUGUCCUGAUAUUCACAUGGUUGGAAAGGUGGAAAAGCGUGAAAGAGAUUGUAAGAGGAGAUCAAGCAUCCUACUCAUCAGGCUGUACUUGCAAAAUAGACCUCAUCUGAUGCGAGCUCAAAAGUUUCUUGUUGCGCGAAGCAAAUGGUGCAUUAGUCGUCUAAUGACCAUAACUUCUCAACUCAGAGAAUUUCAAGCAUUGUCGGCUAUUAAGGGAAUUCCUUUGCUUCCUGUUAUCUUGAAUCCCACCAGUUACAAUCACUGUGAACAUUACGGUGAGAGUUUCAAUAAACUAUCUAGACCUUUACAGCAAGUCCUCAAAUCGGCAUAUAAUGACAGUCAACUGCAAGCUAUCAGUGCUGCUAUUGGACCUUUUGAUCCUAAAAAGGAUUUUCAAUUGUCUCUAAUACAGGGUCCUCCAGGUACCGGGAAGACCCGAGUGAUUGUGGCCAUUGUUAGUUCGUUGCUUUCUUUCUCCCAAGUGGACACCAAGAGAUCAUCAAAUGGAGGUCUAAAGUCUACUGGAAUGUCUUGCACUGCUUCAAGACAGCGAAUUUGUCAAGCUGCAGCUGUUGCUAGGGCAUGGCAGGACGCAGCCUUAGCUAGACAACUUAAUGAGGAUUUAGAGAAUGAUAAAUCAAUGGGUAACUGCAGUAAAAGAAGAAUUCUCAUCUGUGCACAAUCAAAUGCUGCAGUAGAUGAACUAGUGUCAAGAAUAACUAGUGAAGGCCUUUAUGGCAGUGAUGGGACGAUGUACAAGCCUUAUAUCGUUAGAGUAGGUAAUACGAAAACAGUUCAUCCUAAUUCAUUGCCAUUCUUCAUUGAUACGCUUGUUGAUCACCGCAUAGCUGAGGAGAAAAUGAAUGCAACUGAUUCAAAGAUUGAUGCCGGCGAGGAUACUUUGACAUUCUUGCGGUCUAAUCUUGAGAAGUUGGUUGAUACUAUCAAAUGUUAUGAAGCUAAAAGAGCUAGUUUACGGGAUGGAGAUUCUGAUUCUAACUGUUUAUUGGAAGGAGGGACUGAUAAAGCAGAUAAUGCCAAGGAAAUGUCUGAUGCAGAAGUAGAAGCAAAGCUUCGAAUAUUGUAUGCAAAAAAGAAAUCAAUAUACAUGGAUCUCGCUGCUGCUCAGGCACGGGAGAGGAAAGCUAUUGAAGAGACAAAAGCUCUUAGACAUAAAUUACGGAAGGCUAUACUAAAAGAGGCUGAGAUUGUGGUGACUACACUGAGUGGCUGUGGUGGAGAUCUAUAUGGGGUUUGUGCUGCAUCUGUGUCCGGCCAGAGAUUUAGCAGUUCAUCCGAGGGUGUCCUAUUUGAUGCAGUUGUGAUUGAUGAAGCUGCUCAAGCUCUGGAGCCUGCUUCCCUCAUACCACUUCAACUAUUAAAAUCAAAGGAAACUAGAUGUGUGAUGGUGGGUGAUCCAAAACAGCUUCCAGCCACAGUUCUCUCUAAUAUUGCCAGCAGAUUUUCUUUCCAAUGUAGCAUGUUUGAACGCUUGCAAAGAGCUGGUUAUCCUGUUAACAUGCUCACACAGCAGUAUAGGAUGCACCCAGAGAUAUGCCGCUUUCCUUCUUUCCAUUUUUAUGAUGGUAAGUUGGUUGAUGGAGACCAGUUAUCCAGCAAAGUUGCAUCAUUUCAUGGGACUAAGGGUCUUGGUCCCUAUGUAUUCUUUGAUAUUGUUGAUGGGAAGGAGCUCCAUGAUAAAAAAUCUGGCACAUUAUCCCUCUACAAUGAGUGUGAGGCUGAUGCUGCAGUUGAAGUGUUAAGAUUUUUCAAGAAGAGGUUUCCAUCUGAGUUU